GGGUUGCGCUUUCGAAGGCAAGGACACAGGAAGGCACGCAGGUAAACAAACGGGAGCGUGUACAAACCCCUAUCUGCGUACGUUACUGUGUCCGUGGCUUCGAAAGCGCAACACGCACCAGUAUUCAAUUCCAACUGGCCCGAGAAGCAGCAUUCUUAGAGUAGACGCUGUCGGAGUGGUCAGGUCCUUUUUCCUGCACAGUUUUGGUAACUUAUGGCUGGAUUAUGGCUGAUCCAUCGCCGUCCUUCUGCAUUGUAAGGGCGAUUUGCUGGCACGCCGUCGUAAUUCUCUAAGCGUGUGAGCUGAUUCUUAGAGAUAGGCCUAACGGUACAGCAAGAACACCUUAUAAUGGCAAAUCGUGAGGUUCAACGUAGCGAAACUGCAAAGUAGUUUAUGAGGGACGCCGUUGUGGAGGGCUCCGGGUUAACUUAGACGACAUGGGUUUCCAUAUUUUUGCUUCUAAAGGCUGUGGCAGGGGCGAUUGGUACUGCUGAGUUUAGGGAUGCGGAAUAAUUGUUACCCGCAUUGGUUUCCUUAACGUCCACGUAAAUCUAUUCGGACGAAGCGUUUUCUCUGCCCGUCGCCACAAUGCGACGGCACCAGUCAUAAACUUUGAGCGCAUUUGGACAGCCGCUGCGGUGUUUCUCACAAAACUGGGCAGCUUUUGCAAAGCAUUUCUUUAAUGUGUGUUUAUUUACUCACCGAAGUUGAAUGUAGGGCCAGUUGGUGAUGCGUACUUGAGUACGGUGAAACACGAUAGACGGGACAAAGUAAGGCGAGACCGACGGGACAAGCGCUCCUUGGACUUGUCCAGUCUUGUCGCGUGUCCGUCGUCUCGGCUUACUUUGGCCCGUUUAUCGCGCUUCACCGUACUCAAAUUAUUUACUCGUGGUUCUAGAGCUUCGGGCAAAUCACGUGGUGCACGGUAAGUCGUCGCGUUACAUAGCUAAGAGUGACGACUUGCGCGAAACUUCAGCAUUGUCACCUUGGUAAGUUCCUGUGCCCCAACGUACGAUACCACCACUUUCGCGAGGCUUUUCACCUGCGAUCAAAUUGAUUACGCACGGGUAUUACGCUUCCGGGAAUCGGCCCCUGGCAAAAAUUGACAUCAGCGACUGUGCGGGUCCGAUCCUUGCGCCCGUAUGAGCUGACCGAGGUGCCCCAGUCCUAUGCAUCACUACAAAUCUUCAGACUCUCAUAUAGUGUAACAAACUAUUACAGUUACACUCCAUGCCGUUUCUUUUUCCUGUUUCUACUUUACACCCAAUGGCAUAGCAGCGGUUGCCUCAGCCACCUCAGGUGAGCUGUUUGGUAUAAUGCUCGCUCCUGUUCGCAGUCAUGGACUUCCGGCUGACGGAGCCUCGGCUGAGUCCCGAGCAGCAGGCGCUGUUCAUGCGCAUCGGACUCUGCCUGCUGGCGCUGGUGGUGGUGAUGACCACCGUGCUGCUGGUCCUGUCCCGCAGCCACUACGGGUUGCCGCUGCGGCUACGAGGGGGCGCCAGCGCGGCCGAGCGCUUCACGCGUCGGGCCGCGCAACUGUGCAACACUACCUCCUGCCGCCUGACCGCAACGCUGCUGAAGGAAACGCUGGACCACCGCGGCAGCCCGUGCGACAACCUGUACGCGUACGUGUGCUCGGGAUGGUUGCAGGAGCCCUCGUUCACCAGCACGCACGACAAGCAGAUGGCGCUGCUGACGUGGCACGCACGCUCUGGGCUCAGGCGCAUUGCUCAGCGUGCGAACACCACGGACCACGUUGUCACUGGCGUGCGAGGUAACCUGCAAUCAAACCAGCAGCCCCCUACCACCAGUAACCAGCAGGGUCCAGUGGGCAUUGGCCAGGUGACGUCGAGCUCCGCCAAGGCCGCCGUGCUCUAUAGCCGGUGCCUGGCGGCUUCGAUGGAGCACCGCGCCGAUGCCCUGGCCGCCUUUCUACAAGACCUGGGCCUCGGCACUUUCGGUGACGUCGUCGAGUACCCGGUCGAGCUUGCCAUCAAGCUCGACCUAUAUUACGACCUUAAGACACUGUUCGACUUGCGUCGGCACCCGACGUGGCAGCGACAGGAUGGCCGCCCGCUGCUGUCCAUGGGCCGUCGCACUGACCUCGAACCGUGGCGGCGCGAGCGAAAUCGCAUGCGCCGCGAUCUAACAUACCUCAAGUUCGUCCAGAGAUACGUCAACGCAAUUCUGGUGCAUGCGAACAACAGCACCGACACCAACGGGAACGUGUACCAAGCCGACACUUCAGGCCUAAUCGCGCACCGCAUCAUGACCACGGAAGAGGUUGUGCUUGCGAUGAUCGCGGUCAUCCCCGACGAUGACCCCAGCCACUAUCAUGCCAUCGUUCCCCUGAUGCCAAGCAGCAGCUCCUCCCUGUGGCCGCCAUCGCUGGCAAUAAACAACUUCAGUGAGGUGGCCGUGGGGCAUCCGGCCGUGCUUGGCUAUCAGGACUUUCUGAUGUACGAUCUGCCACCCUCCGGCGUAACAGCCUACGUGACCUGGGAGCUGGUGCGUCAGUUGGUUCCACUGGCCGACCAGAAAUUUUCGCAAAGCACAGCCGAGGCCACCUGCUUCGAGGCCGUUUACCGCCUGAUGCCUUACCCGAUCCUCAUGCCGGGAAUCGAGGCGUUGGACUCGUACAAGGGUUGGCUGGAGGCUGAGCUCAUCUUCAGAGACGUCGCCGAGGCCCUGGUCAACUUCAUGAAUGUGCAUGGAGUCGCUGUCCGGGCCCAAACGGCAACAUUCACACUGCCCCUCCCCACGGCGCGCGACUUGGACGCCUUCUACGACGACCUACGAGUGAGCGAGGACUACGGACAGCGGUCCUUCCUGGAAAGCUACUUGACCGCGCUCUCUCAAAUCCGCAAGAAAGAACUCCUCAGCGUGGCCUACGGGGACUCCGUUUCCUAUUACCCUCUUCCGCCCCCGAGGAGCCCAGACGUGCAGGUGGGCCAGCCGCUUGUACUUCCCGGGCUGGAGUUCCUCAGCGAGGACAUGCUCUUCUUUGUGUCUGCCUGCGCGGGAUCGUGUGCCAAGGGAGACCCGAGCGCCCCCUACCGCUGCAACCUCAUCGCGAAGAGCUCGCCGAACUUCGCACGAGCCUUCGGCUGUAGGCGCGGUUCUCGCAUGAGCCCACCAAAGCUCUGCCUCUACUCGAACCGAACGAGAUAG